AUGUUCAUCCAGAAGUUGUUGUCCCAGCAAUGGCCCGUGGGGCGUGGCUUGAUUCAUCGCUGUUUGUCUACCUCGCUAAUUCGACGCGAUACUUUCACCAUUCAAGAUGAGGACGAUUUUAAGGAGAAGGUGUUGUCUAAUCCGGAUCCCGUGAUUGUCGACUUUAGUGCCACCUGGUGCGGACCUUGCAAAAUGCUCACUCCCCGUUUGGAUGCGGCUAUUGCCGCCACGGAAGGAAAAGUCCAUUUGGCCGUGGUGGACAUUGAUGAAUUGGGUGAUUUGGCCAUGGAUCACGGUGUUCAAGCCGUGCCCACUGUGGUCGCUAUGAAAGGAGGCAAGGCGGUGGAUAAAUUUGUGGGCCUCUUGGAUGAAGACAAACUAGCCGCUUUUGUGGACAAGGCUCAAAUGAGCUAAUCGAUAUGGCCCGUCUAAGAUGAACCGUCUUUGGGUUUACAACGGAAAAAUAAACUCUUUAUCUUUAGUUCAUAGUAGAAAAUAAAAUCCAAAUGUUCUUGUUCA